AUGCACUCAAAGGUGAUAUAUAAUCAUAUUGCAAGGGAUGGGUGGCAUUGGAAAAACAACAUUAACCAAAAAAGUUGGAAAAGAACUAAAAGAAUCUGCACAAUCACUCAUGUGAUUGAUGUAAAGAUGUCGUUUACUCCUAAUAUAAAAAAAAUUCAAGAUGAUAUUGCUCAACCUUUAGAAAUGGAAUGGUAUUGUAAGGACUCAGAACGAUCCAGAAAACUAUUAACCCGAUUAUCAAGUGGUGAGAAUGAUGAGAAAAUUCUUUUAAUAAUGGAUGAUGUGUGGGAUCAAGACCUUCGUCUUGAUUUUGAUCUAAUAGGAAUUCCAAAAGAGGAGAAUCUUAAAGGUUGCAAAGUUCUGAUAACCACACAGAGUACGCAAAUAUUCACUGGAAUGCAUAGGAGUAAGAUGAUUCAGUUGGAGCUCUUAACUGAAGAAGAAGCAUGGGCCAUGUUUAAAACAUAUGCCGGUAUUGGAAUUAGUUCUUUAUCAAAAAAGUUGAUCGAAAAGAGUCGUAAAAUUUCCAAGGAAUGCAAACAAUUACUGAUUGCAGUUGCAGUUAUGACCAAAAAUUUGAAGGGCCAACAUCCUAAUAAGUGGGAUGAUACCUUAAGAUCAUUGAGUAAGCAUGUGGCAGUGGACGAUGUUGAUGAGGAAAAGGUUGGAGUUUAUAAAUGUUUCAAGUCUAGCUAUGAUUAUAUAUGGGAUAAAAAAGCCAAGAGGUUGUUCCUCUUAUCUUCUUUAUUCCCAUUAGAUAAAGAUAUCCCUAUUGAAAUUCUAACUAGACUUAGCUUUGGAACGAGCCUUUUUGAGGAAGCUUAUGACAUCUACAAUAAUGCUCGAAGCAAAGUAUAUGAAAUUAAAAAUAAUCUCAUAAAUUCAUGUCUGUUGUUGAGGGUCAAUGAUGAACAUGUAAGAAUGCAUAAUUUGGUUCAUGAAGUGGCUCAAUGGAUAGCAAAAAAUGAGAUUCAAUGUGUAAAUUUGUCUAACAAAGAUCAAAAAUCAUCACUUGAAAGGCAAACAAAUAUUAAAUAUUUAUUUUGUACAGGGAAGGACAAGGAUUUAUUUUCCUGUCAGAUUGAUGGUUCUAAACUUGAGAUUCUAAUUGUUGACAUGGAAAGAGAAGAAUAUCCUAAAUGUGUGGAAUUCAUGUAUUCUUUCUUUGAAAAAAUUGUCGAGCUUCAAGUUUUGUAUGUUUUAGGUCAUGAAAAACGAGACUUAUCAUUACCACAAUCAAUUCGCUCAUUGGCCGUUAUUCGAUCUAUAUUGAUUGAUGGAGUUGAUUUAGGUGACAUCUUUGUUUUGGGAAAUUUGCAAAGUCUUGAGACUCUUGAUUUGGAUAAAUGCAAAAUCAAUGAAUUGCCAAAAGAAAUUGCAAAGUUCAAGAAUUUUAGAUUGUUAAACAUGGUAAGAUGUGUAAUUAGAAGGGUGAUCCAUUUGAGGUAUCGCAUCGGUAAAAAAUGGGAGUGGAGUAGAGAUAGUUGGUUACUAUCAAAAUGUGUGGCUUUUACUGACCAUAAUUGUUUUCUUUCAAAAGAAACAUACAAGUAUUGCAUGCAAACAUCAGACGCUCUUCAACUAAAUGGAAUUUCAAUUAAGGAGGGAUGGAGAAAUCUCAUGCCUGAGAUUGUUGAUAUACCUCAAGGUAUGAAUGUUCUUGUUGAGCUUCGUAUAAGCGAAAUUUCACAAUUACAGUGUCUCAUUGACGCAAAUGAUUUUCAAGAUCCAAAAGUACUGUCCAAGUUGGUUGUACUAGAACUGGACAAAAUGAAAAUUUUGGAAGUACUAUUCAAGGGUUCCCUUUCUUCUGACUCUUUGAUGUUAUUGGAGGAGCUAUCAAUAUUCAAAUGUGAAAUGCUUCAAAGAUUGUCUAAUUUCAAGCUAAAUCUCUGCAAGCUAAAGAAAGUGGUACUUUUUGAAUGCCCAAGGUUAGUUAACCUCUCUUCAUUGUUAACUUCUUUGAACCUGAGGCUUCUAGAGAAAUUGGAAAUACGUGAUUGUGAGAAAUUGACAAGCAUAAUAAUAGAUGGAAGAGGAGAGAAUGAAUUAAGAGAAGAAAUAGAUAACAAUGAUAAUGAUAACAAGAAAUAUGUCUCAAUGUUUCCAGAACUAAAAAAUCUUGUUAUUGAAGGAUGCCAUCUAGUAGAAUCAAUACUUCCUUUGCUCUCCUCUCGAGACCUUCCAGAACUAGAAACCCUAAAAAUAAAAGAAUGUAAUGAGCUCAAAUACAUAUUUAGAAAAUGUCAACAUGUUGAAAAGGGUUCACUAAAACAUAUACUGCUUUGGCAAUUCCCAAAAUUGAAAGAAAUUUCUGUUAAAAAUUGCUUGCAAUUGGAAUACAUAUUUGGCCACUACAUUGAUGAUGAUCAUCAAAAUUACAAUGGAAUUCACCUUGAUCUUCCAGCAUUAGAAUGUCUAAAUCUUCAACUUCAACUCAAAAAAUGCUCUCUGGAUAAUGCAAUCAUGAAGUUCCUUCAUACAUGGGAACAUGCCCAAUGCCUUCCAUUACAAUCAAAUAUCAUGCGCAAUGUUAAAGAGAUGACGUUGUCUGGUUUCGAAUACAUCAUAGUUGACAUUGGAGAUGAUGAAAGUGGUGUCAAUAAUUUAGUCAAUGUCUUCCCGAAAUUGAAAAGGCUUUACGUUCGUGAUUGCAAGCAAUUCAAAUACAUAUUUGGUCACUACACUGAACGCCAUCGAUACGACAAUGAGAUUCACCUUCAUCUUCCAACAUUACAAUCUCUGGAACUUUGCAAUUUGCCAUGUUUAGUAGCCAUCUGUCCUAAACGAUAUUGCACAACAUUUUCAUCUUUGAAAGAUCUUAAAAUCGUGGAAUGCUUUAUGGAUAAUAAAAUCAUGCAGGAGUUGGACAAGGAACAACCAACUAGUCAACAAGGUCUGAAAACUCAGCAAGACACACUUGAAGAAAUCAAUACUAAAGACAAACCCUCUCAGGAAUUGAGCGGGAGCAUGGAACAUUGUAUUGCUUUAAAAAGUCUUUUUGUGGAUCCAGAAAAUUCAUUUUACCUACAAAACCUGACACAAAUAAUAAUUGUGGGCCGCGCUCUCAGACGCUCCGUCCUUCAUCCGCUCCGAGUCAAACCUCUUUCGUUCACACUCUCCGCCGUGUUCUUCGUCACUCCGUCCAACUGCCACGCCGUGUUCGUCGUCCACGUCGUCGUUCGUUCGUCGUUCGCCGUCCAACUGCCGUUCGUCGUUGUAUAUUCAGAGAACUCUUCAAACAAUAAUAAUUUGCUUCGAGAUUUGUACUUUGUGAAAACAGGGGAACGUGUAGUAUCCAGGGUAUUGUCAGCUACGAAUGAGGAAGGUCGAGUUAAAGGGGAGAACUCCAUCGAACAUGUCACAUAUGAGGAAGAUGCUAUUGAUGCUGACGACAAUGAUGAGAGACUUACUAAAUCAUCUAAUGCUUCUGAUAAAGCAUUUGAGGUCUUACUUACUAUGCAAGGGAAAUAA